CGAACCAGUUAGCUUUUGGGUCUUCAUUCCACUGCUGGAGUCCGAACCGAUUGGUUUACUGUUCCUAGAGUAAGUAACGUCCCAGUGCGACGCCGCCUACUCGGCAGUGGUUGAGAAAGUUAAUUAACGUUACCUAUCCGCCGAACUGGAAAAAGGUCGGGUAAAGUUUGAAAAGUGAGAAUCUAGGUGGAAAUGAGCGAUACAUUUGAAGUUACAACCAGUUAGUGAAAGUGUUUGUUUGUUAAUGGAUUUGUGUUCGAAAAGUUUCGAUUAGUGAGUUCGAGGAAAAAACCAAACCAAAAUGACGGUGAGAGUUAUCAACACGGUUCAGUUUAUAGCCGGGAAUUCGGCCCAGGACGCGAUGGCGAAGAAGAUCCCGCCCGUGAAGGGAAAAGUCGUCAUCAACGAUACCAACAAUAAUGAGACGGUCCUCGGUGAUGACCGGAGCACCACCGAGCAGGACAUCAACGCCUAUCUGGAGCACUACAACAAGUGGAAGCAGACCGAGUGGGGUCACUGGUUGACCCAUAUCCUGCGGCAGUACUUCGGGUACGAGUUCGAUGCCGAGAUCAAGUGGAACAACGUGCUGAUGAUCGGUCUGUUUCAUGUGAUCGCGAUCUGUGCUUUCAUGCAGUACGUGUUCCGGGCAACGAUCGUCACUUACUUGUGGGGUUUCUUCGUCGGCGGUUGUGCCGGUUUCGGCGUUACAGCCGGAGUGCACCGGUUGUGGUGUCACCGGGCGUACAAAGCUAAGCUACCGCUUCGGAUCAUUCUGGCGAUCUGCUACUCGAUCGCCGGCCAGAACACGAUCUACGACUGGGUGCGGGAUCAUCGCAUCCACCACAAGUACUCGGAAACGAACGGCGAUCCACAUAACUCGAACCGGGGCUUCCUAUACGCCCACGUUGGUUGGCUGAUGCUGCGCAAGCACCCGGAGUGCAUCAAGAAAGGCCGUCUGAUCGAUAUGAGUGACAUUACCAGUGAUCCGGUGGUGCGGUUUCAUCACAACAACUUCGUCCUGAUGAAGAUUCUGUUCUGCUUCUUCCUGCCGACCUUCAUCCCGUGGUACUUCUUCGGAGAAAACUUCCGUCUAGCCUUCUUCAGCCAGUGUUUCGUGCGGUACGUGCUUAGUCUCAACUUUACCUGGUCCGUCAACAGUGCAGCUCAUAUUUAUGGUAAUCGACCCUACGAUAAACGCAUCCAACCGGUGGAGAACAAAGCCGUCUCGAUGGUGGCCAUGGGCGAAGGCUGGCACAACUACCACCACGUGUUCCCCUGGGACUACAAAGCGGCCGAGCUGGGUAACUACCGGUUCAAUGUGACUACAUUUUGGCUGGAUGCAUUCGCCAAGAUCGGUUGGGCGUACGAUCUGAAGGAACCGUCGAAGGAGCUGGUCAGGCGGACGAUUGAGAAAUACGGCGACGGCACUCAUCUGACCGUUUCGUUCAAGGAUCACGUCGAGGUGCCGGAACCGACGGAGAGCACGUAACUUUACGCAGGCGGAAUCGAGUUUUAGAUUGUGAUCAACCAAAUCAACCUGGUUACGUACAGUUUAAGGGGUAGGCUAAGUGCAACCAGAUGAUAUAAUAAUACUAUGUAUGCAUUAUGUAUUUAGCAUUAGCUCAUUAUUAUCGGGUCUCAUCAGAUGGGAACGUAGUUUAAACAAAUACACAUUUUUUACAUUCAACUAA